AUGGAAGUGGCAGAACACGUGGUUUCCAUUUUCGGGACCUUCGGGGCACCACGGAUUCUUCAAACUGAUAACGGACGAGUGUUUGCAAACAAACAUCUCGAAGAUACGGUCACCCAAUGGCCAGGAUGCAAAAUUGUACACGGAAAGCCGCGCCAUUCACAAUCGCAAGGCAGCGUCGAGCGGGCAAAUGCAGAUAUAGAGGAUAUCAUAAGCGCCCAUAAAAGAGAGAAUAAAACAAUUGAAUGGGCUUCAUCAAUACACGAAGAACAU